AUGGCGCCGAAGAAUCCAACACCAACUCCCGACGCAGAAAAAGCCACUAACGGCGCACCGCCGCCACCAGACGACAGAUGUCCGAUUGAAGAAGUAGCUCUCGUCGUCCCUGAAACCGACGAUCCAUCCCUCCCGGUCAUGACUUUCCGGUCAUGGUUCCUCGGAAUAACCUCCUGCGUCAUCCUCAUCUUUCUCAACACGUUUUUCACUUUCAGAACUCAGCCUCUCGUUAUCUCUGCCAUUCUCAUGCAAAUCGCUGUCCUCCCAAUCGGAAAGUUCAUGGCCAAAACUCUUCCGACCGAGGAGUACAGUUUUGCUGGAUGGCGUUUUACGCUUAAUCCUGGACCGUUUAACAUGAAGGAGCAUGUUAUCAUCACUAUUUUCGCGAAUUGCGGCGUUUCUUCCGGUGGUGGUGAUGCUUACUCCAUUGGUGCCAUUACUAUUAUGAAAGCUUAUUACAAACAAAAUCUUAGUUUUCUUCUUGCUCUCUUCAUCGUCAUAAGCACACAGUUAAUUGGGUAUGGAUGGGCUGGGAUUCUGAGGAGGUAUCUGGUGGACCCAAUUGAGAUGUGGUGGCCAGCAAACCUUGCACAAGUCUCUCUCUUUAGAGCACUCCAUGAAAAAGAUGAAAAAUCAAAAGGACUUACAAGGAUGCAGUUUUUCCUCAUUGCAAUGGGUGUAAGCUUCAUGUAUUAUGCGCUCCCUGGAUAUCUUUUCACAGUCUUGACGUUCUUGUCAUGGGUUUGCUACGUGUGGCCAAAUAAUAUAACAGCACAGCAAGUUGGAUCAGGUUACCAUGGGCUUGGAGUCGGCGCCUUCACAUUUGAUUGGGCUGGGAUUUCAGCUUAUCAUGGCAGCCCUCUUGUUGCACCGUGGUCUUCCAUUGUUAAUGUUGGAGUUGGAUUUAUCAUGUUCAUCUAUAUAAUUCUGCCUAUAUGUUACUGGAAGUUUAACACCUUCGAUGCUAGGAAGUUUCCUAUAUUUUCCAAUCAGUUGUUCACGCACAGUGGACAAAAGUAUGACACUACUAAGAUCUUAACCAAGAAUUAUGAUCUUGACAUUGAUGCAUACAACAAGUAUAGCAAGUUAUACCUUAGUCCUCUCUUCGCAUUAUCUAUUGGAUCAGGUUUCGCAAGGUUUACCGCGACCCUCACUCAUGUAGCAUUGUUUAAUGGCAGAGACAUAUUGAGACAGAGCAGGACAGCAAUGAGUAAUGUAAAACUGGAUGUGCAUGGUAGACUCAUGAAGGCUUAUAAGACAGUACCAGAGUGGUGGUUCCUCAUUUUAUUAUUUGGAAGCAUGGCACUAUCCAUAAUAAUGUCUUUUGUGUGGGAAGUGGAUGUGCAACUUCCAUGGUGGGGUAUGCUCUUUGCUUUUGCUUUAGCUUUUGUUGUAACCCUCCCAAUUGGUGUCAUCCAAGCAACUACCAACCAGCAACCUGGAUAUGACAUUAUAGCACAGUUCAUGAUUGGGUAUAGGCUUCCUGGAAAACCAAUUGCAAACUUGCUCUUUAAGAUUUAUGGCAGAAUCAGCACCGUCCAUGCACUCUCUUUCUUGUCAGAUCUCAAACUCGGGCACUACAUGAAAAUCCCUCCUCGUUGCAUGUAUACAGCACAGCUGGUGGGAACUCUAGUUGCGGGAGUGGUGAACCUUUCAGUGGCUUGGUGGAUGUUGGAAAACAUUAAGGACAUUUGCAUGGAUGAUAAAGCUCACCAUGACAGUCCUUGGACUUGCCCGAAGUACAGGGUGACAUUUGAUGCAUCAGUUAUAUGGGGUUUGAUCGGACCACGACGGCUAUUUGGACCCGGUGGAUUGUACCGAAACCUCGUAUGGUUAUUCUUGAUUGGAGCUGUGUUGCCAGUUCCUGUUUGGGUGUUUAGCAAAAUCUACCCCGACAAAAAAUGGAUUCCUCUAAUCAACAUACCAGUUAUAUCUUACGGUUUUGCUGGAAUGCCCCCUGCAACUCCAACCAACAUUGCAAGCUGGCUAUUGACCGGAAUGAUCUUCAACUUCUUUGUGUUCCGCUUCCACAAACGUUGGUGGCAGAAAUACAAUUAUGUUCUAUCGGCGGCACUUGAUGCAGGCACGGCUUUUAUGGGUGUUUUGAUUUUCUUUGCUCUGCAAAAUGCAGGGCAUAGUCUCAAAUGGUGGGGAACUGAAUUGGACCAUUGCCCAUUGGCUACUUGCCCUACUGCACCAGGAAUUAUAGUUGAUGGUUGUCCUGUAUUCUAA